UUGUCUUGGAGUCGGUCGACGCGAAUAGAACUACGAUUCAAAAAAAAAGUGAACUUAAUUCUGAAAAAUUUAUUAGAAAUUUAUUUUGAAUUGUGCAAGUUAACCAUCAAUAAAAAACAUCAUCAAUUAAUUUGAACUUGAAUACAGUGGAGUGUAUUUUAAUUGAAAUUGAAAUCAUACUGAAAUAUGAAAUUAAGGAACAUAUGUGCAAAAAAAUAUAUAUCCAACAAAUGAACAAAACUGUGAUAAGGUUAUUCAACUUGAAUGAAUUAGUGAUACAUUCUUUACUAGUGAUACAGUAUUAUUUAUUCUAAUUUUAAAUACGCCAAAAUAUUAUAUUUUAAAUAUGGAUGUUGUUAAAAACAAUGAUGAUAAAAAAGACAAAAAUGAACCUGCAGACUUCGAGAAAGCCAUUGAUGCUGCCGGCUUUGGACUUUUUAAUAUAAUUUUAUUGCUGGCAGCAAUACCAGCCACUUUUGCCUCAGUCUUUGAGACGACAACAAUGUCGUAUAUAUUACCAAUAGCUGAAUGUGAUCUUAAGCUAACAUUAAUAAACAAAGGCGUGCUUAAUGCUAUGACAUAUGGAGGAAUGAUCGUGUCGGCUCUUGUUUGGGGUUACCUCGCCGACACACUGGGAAGAAAGAAAAUUUUGGUGUUUGGUUACCUUGCCGAUGCAAUUUGUGUUUAUUGCAGUGCUAUGAGUCAAACCUUCGAAAUGUUAGCUGUAUUCAAAUUUUUAGGAGGAUUUAUUGUCAAUGGACCUGGUACCGUAUUAUUUACUUAUAUAACAGAAUUACAUGGAAAUAAACAUCGCUCACGUGUGUUAAUGAUAUUGGGUAUCGUGACUUCGACUGCGACUUUAGUGCUUCCUUGUCUAUCUUGGGCUAUUUUCCCCAGAGAUUGGGAUUUUGUUCUAUUUAAUAGUUUUAAUGUGCAUACAUGGCAAAUAUUUUUGGCUGUUUGCGGCUUACCCAGUUUAAUAAGCGGUUUGUUAAUUACAAUUUUACCGGAAAGUCCAAAAUUUUUAAUGUCACAAGGCAGAAAUGCAGAAGCUUUGCGAGUAUUCCAAAAAAUGUAUCGCUUCAAUACGAGAAAACCAAAAAGCACUUACCCGAUUACUGAAUUAGUUGAGGAGGCGCCUAGUAGAUAUACUAAUGCUAAUGAAGUCAUAUAUACAAUCGAAAAUAAGCCAAAAAAACCAGUCCGUGAACACAGAACUGCUAUGCAAGCACUUCGAGAAGGACUGCAACAAAUGAAGCCUAUGUUUCGUAAGCCGUUACUAGGUCAUUCCAUACAUGUUUAUACCAUGCAAUUUUGUAUUCUACUUGGGCUUAACACAAUACGUCUCUGGCUUCCUCAACUCUUUGCUUCAAUUGCUGAAUAUGAGACACUCAAUGUCGGCACGAAUUCAUCAUCAAAUCUCUGCACGAUUUUAGAGUACAGCGUCAAUAAGACGACAGCAACUGUGGAGACAUACACUCAUAGUUCCUGUGAAAGUAAAGCUAAUGUCUCUAUGGAUAUGUACACUAAUAAUAUAAUAGUAGCCACAUCAAGUAUUGUUGGAUACUUCUUUGCAAGUGGAAUAGUUAAACUUUUGGGUCCAAAAAGAAUGCUGACAUAUGGACUUUUCAUUUCUGGAACAUGUGGAAUGAGUCUUUAUUGGUCCUCCAGUGGUCUCACUACACUGAUUAUAUCAUCGUUCUUUAUAACAGUCUCAAGCAUAUCAACAUCUUCAUUAUUAGGCGUAGUGGUGACACUCUUUCCAACAUCUUUAAGAGCUUUAAUCGUUGCAUCUGCCAUGAUGUUUGGUCGUCUUGGUGCUCUUUCCGGAAAUAUGUUGUUCCCAGUUUUUAUUGAAAUCGGUUGCAUACCACCAUUUUUAAUGGUGGGCUUUGUCAUGUUUUGUGCUGCGGCUCUAUCCUGCAUUUUACCAAGUCCUAAAAAAACCACAUUUACUUAAAUAUGAUCAUGAGAAAAUCAAGUAGUAUAAUUCUGUGGCACAAGAUAGUUAAAAUAUAUAAUAUAUUAGAGUUAAUUACUUUUAAAAAUAUAUGGCUUUACGCAUAAUUUAGAUUA